GCGACGCGCCGCUGCCGGUAUAUAUUGCAGGCAGCGGCCGGGACCAUCACAGUCAGCUUCUGCAUCGACUCCACACACACCAUGAACGCCAAGAUCGCCAUCCUCCUCGCCCUCGUGGCCGUGGCCGUCGCCGACAGAGGCUACGGCUCCCACAGCUCCGAGGAGUCCUACGAGUCCUCCGAGGCCCAGUACAACUUCCAGUGGGCCGUGGACCACGACCCCUCCAGCAACGAGUUCGGCCACCAGGAGGCCCGCGACGGUGACAACACCAAGGGCUCCUACUACGUGGAGCUUCCCGACGGUCGCGUCCAGAACGUUGCCUACUACGUCAACGGCGACUCUGGCUACAUCGCCGACGUCACCUACACCGGCUCCGCUGAGUCCUUCGAGUCCGACGAGUCCAACGAGUCCUUCCGUUACUACGGAUCCAACGAGUCCAAGUAAAUCACCGGCUGCCUUCCUUUCCUCCUGCACCGACAUGACGUGUUCAAAUCUUCAGCGUGACCCUUGAUGGUUGCGCAUGUAUUUAUUUCUUUAUUUAUUAAACACCCUCCUGUA